AUGCGGCUGUCACGGGACGAUCCAGGCUUGCCGCUAUACCAUAAUGAGAACAACCGCAACCAAACACUUCGUCGGAUCAGAACUCGAGCCAGAUUUUGGUUCGCACAAAGGAGCACCGGAGUGAAGAUUGGAUUGUUAUUCUUGAUCGGUUUCCUGCUUUUCGGUCUUCUGAAAAUCUGCAGUAACGCAAUUACGACGGACGUUCAUCAGAUGGCAGUACCAAAUCAAAACCAAGAUCCAAUCAUUAUCAACGAGCAAAUUAUUGGUGGAAAGCCGGAAAACCCGAAAGAAGAUGAUGAACGAGUUAACGAUGACAUGGCAGUUGAGAUGGACAAUCGUCAGAGUGAUGCGGAAAACAGUCCUGCACACAAACAGGCACACAGGGCAACAGGCAAAAGUGUCAAGUUCAACGGACCGGACAAUGAACGACAAAAAGCUGUUGUGAAAGCAUUCCAACAUGCUUGGCUUGGAUACAAGAAGUAUGCAUGGGGACACGACACUCUGAAGCCUGUCAGCAAAUCGUAUUCCGAUUGGUUUGACACCGGAUUGACUAUCGUUGAUGGUCUGGAUACAGCACUGAUUAUGGGUCUUGAAGAAGAAGCCGCCGAAGCAACAGAAUGGAUUCAAAACAAGUUGACAUUCGAAAAGGACAGAAUGGUGAACUUUUUUGAGUGCACCAUUCGUGUUCUUGGUGGAAUGAUGAGUGCUUUCUAUCUCACUGGAAAUGAAAUGUUCCUGGAAAAAUCGGUUGAUCUGGGAGAUCGGCUGCUGUCGGCGUUCAAAUCGCCAUCACCGAUUCCGUUCAGUGAUGUUAAUUUGCUCAAGAGAACAGGCACCAAUCCACAAUGGGGAUCCGAUUCAUCUCUCUCCGAAGUCACAACUGUCCAAUUGGAAUAUCGAGCCAUCUCCCGAGCAAGUGGCAAUUCCACCUAUGAAGAUCUAUCAUUCAAUGUCUCACAACACAUUCAUAAAAUCGGAUGUGAUCAUGAAGGGUUGUGUGGAAUGUUCAUCAAUGCGAAUACAGGAACAUUCAAAAAGGGCGCUACCAUUACCUUCGGAGCCAGAUCAGACAGUUAUUACGAGUACUUGUUCAAACAGUGGAUUCAGACUGGAAAGACUAUUGACUGGUUGAAAGACGACUACGGAAAGGCUAUGGCAGCCAUGGAGAAGCAUUUGUAUAGAAACUCAGAGCCUAAUAAAAUGUUUUUCAUUGGAGAGCUACUGAGUGGAGAGACAUACUCUCCCAAAAUGGACCAUCUUGUCUGCUUCAUCGCUGGAACUUUAUCGCAAGGAAGCCAAAAUGGUUUUCCACGUAAACAUAUGGAUAUGGCUGAGAAGAUAGGAGAGACUUGCCACAACAUGUACGAUAAUCCAACUGGUUUGGGUCCAGAGAUUGCUCAUUUCAAUAUGAUUCCUGGAAAGGAGGAUUUGUAUGUGAAACCGCUGGAUGCGCAUUGCUUGCUCCGGCCAGAAGCGAUUGAAGGAUGGUUCUACUUGUACAGGUUUACUGGCAACAAAAAGUAUCAGGAAUGGGGAUGGGCAGCAUUCCAAGCUAUUGAGAAGUAUGCUCGAAUUUCUACUGGAGGAUACUCUUCAAUCUCCAAUGUGAAAAAGAUCAAUGUACAGUAUCGUGACUCGAUGGAGUCGUUUUUGCUUGGAGAAACCUUCAAGUACCUAUAUUUGCUUCUUGGAGAUGAUCAAACUGUUUUGCCACUUGAUAAAUGGGUUUUUACUACGGAAGGCCACCCGUUGCCUAUCUAUGACCACUGA